GAUGGGUCAUACAGCAACACUGAUCGAUACCUCAUUAGGUUUUUCUGGUCCUUUGGCCAAUGCAUCGAAGCUUUCAGGCAUUGCAAACCGGUGGUAUGUGUGGAUGCCACAUUUCUUAGUGGCAAGUACCAUGGUAACCUAAUGACAGCGAUGGCGGCGGAUGCAAACAAUCAGAUACUUCCUCUCGCUUAUGCAUUGGUUGAGAGUGAGAACAAUGAUAGUUGGUUGUGGUUCCUUACCUUGGUGAGGACACGUGUGGUCGGUAAUAGGGAACGAGUCUGCAUCAUAUCAGACCGCAAUAAGGGCCUCUUGAAUGCAUUGGAUGUGCUGCAUGCCAGCACAAACCCCUCCAUUGCGUGGCCUGAUGUGGAGAGAAGAUGGUGCAUGCGACACUUAGGUGCGAACCUUUACUCAAGGUAUCACAACAAGGGUCUUGUGAAGAGGUUCAAAGGGUUAUGUCUUCAGAACCAGCAGACGAAGUUCAACGAGAUAUGGCGAGAGUUAAAUGAGACCACUCGUAAGAUGAUGGCACAGCAAGAAGCACAGGAGGACCAUCUACGGACGCAAAUGGUGGGGGGCCAAACCAUCAUUAGUCGUUCGCGUGGUACGUUUAGCCAGUGGAUAGCGGGAAAGCCGGCGGAGCGUUGGGCCCUAUUCCAUGAUACUCACGGUUCCAGGUAUACGAUUAUGACAACGAACAUAGCUGAGGCAUUCAACAAUGUCCUAAAGGGUGUACGCGGCCUCCCAUUGUGUGCCAUAAUUGAGCUCACAUUCUAUAGGACGGCUGACUACUUUCGAGACCGUGGUAUAGCUGCAAUGGAGUGCAGCACGCGGUUCGCACCUAAGGUGGAGGAAAUCCUAUCCAGAAGGAGGAGUAAGGCACACUUUCAUCGGACUAGGAUCUACGACCGGACCAAUAAUGAAUUUGAGGUCAUGUGUCGUCGUCGGUACACUUCUGGAUACAGUGCGGGUGACACUGUGCAACAAUGUCAAAUUGGUCCUCACGAGGUGAAGUGCACAUGCAAUAAGCCAAAGCUACAUCAUAUCCCGUGCUCCCAUAUCUUGGCCGCUUGCAGGGACAUGGGCGGGAACGACGGAUCACAAUACGUAUCACCCUAUUUCACGAUCGAUGCACUGAGGAGCACAUGGCUUCCAAAGAUGCGUUCAUUUAACAUCGGAUCCAGCUACAAAGCAAUCGAGGGGCCUAAGUGGGUACCUUAUCCCAGGGCCAGACGCACGGAUCCUGGAAGGCCUAGAGCCACGAGGCUUCAGGGUGACAUGGAUGCAGCAGAUGCUGUUGAUGGACUACGUAGGUGCAAAAUAUGCAAGCAAUCCGGCCAUGACAGGAGGACUUGUCCGACCCGACGGUAAACUAUUAGGCUACGAUCGAAUUGGAUUGUAUUAGCUUUGGUGCUAGUGAGUUUGUUAUAUGAAGUAUGUUGGAAACAUAGAUUGUAUUGUAAUUUGUUAUGAACGUAUUAGGUGUUGUACCCAUUUUGUAAUAGCUAUUAUCUUACUUUAUUUUAUAAUUGAACCAUGAGGCGUGAAAUCAUUGGCAUGGCUCACAUUCACCUUCCCGAGCUUCUUCAACUACGGUAUGACGAGAACCACAGGGGAAGGAUGAUUUUCGUAGGGCAACAGUUGCUCCCAUUGCGUUCCAGGAGUGUGCGCAAGCUUAAGGAGUUAGACCCUCGAUUCCACGAGCCCCUCGCACAGGCCGGACUCCUACCGUUUGCACUUAUGAUGGCAGGAGCUCCCAUGGAGGGUGGUGGCAGGACUCCACUGCCGCCGAUCGAGGUCUCACUGCUCACAGGCCUGGUCGACCGCUGGCGUCCUGAGACGCACACAUUCCACUUUCCUUGUGGAGAGAUGACCGUUACUUUACGGGACGUUGCCAUGCUGACCGGGCUCCCGAUAAGGGGCACCCCGUUAGUACUUCCACGACCAGGAAAGGAGCAGUGGAAGAGUUAUAUUCACGACAGGUUUAACAUGCAUUAUGACAUGAAGGAUGUAGGGCUCUCCAUGUCAUGGAUUCAUGGCCUACCACAGUUCAGCCCUUGCCCACCGGAUGCGGACGAGGCAACAGUUAUGCAGCAUUAUGAGGUGUACUUGUAUAUCUUGCUUGGAGGCAUACUGUUUUGCAACACGGCAGGUGAUUAUGUACUGCCGCAUAUUUUAUGGUUAGCGCGUGAGCUCACAUCACGUCCGUACGAGCCGACACAUUACAGUUGGGGAUCUGCUGUGUUGGCUGCUACAUACAAAGGAUUGUGUGCCGCAACCCAACGGUCAACAAAGAUGGGAUCUAUUUCUGGUUGCCUACACCUUCUACAGCUCUGGAGCUGGGAUUAUCUCCCGGUGUGUCGACCGUGGGUGAGCAAGACCUACUAUCCAGUUCCCAUCUCUGACGGUGUCGCCGACGACAUGAGGCCAACGAUGGGUUAUAGGUGGCUUCAUGCCAGGCUGCGAUGGACUCACCACCAAGACCAUGGAAACUACUCCCGGGUGAUCAGUGACCUUGAUGUCCUCAGUGCCGAUCUUGUGGAGUGGGAUCCAUGGCGUAGUGAACGAGUGGCCGAAAUUGCGACUAACGGCCUCAUCGCACCAUCUUGUUUCCGUGACUCCGACCUAUGGAUGACUAGAUGUUUUCUGCUUUAUAUGAACAAUGUAGAAGUGUAUUCUCCUGACCGUGUGCAGAGGCAGUUUGGUCAUCGUCAGUUGGUGCCAGUACCUCCCCCACGAGACGCUGGUCAGGCGCACGAGAGGAGUGCCCAAGGAAACGCAAGCACCCACGACUGGGCGGAGAUUAAUGCAGAACACAUAACCCGGUGGAUGGAGUCUGGUGCAGUGGAUGUCGUCGUUCCUGCGGGACAGUACGACGAUAGCUCGUACUGGGAGUACCUUGCGUGGUAUCAAUCACGAACGCGUCCCACCUUACUCAGCGGCAGCGUACCGCCAGCCCCUAGACCCUUCCCCGAAGAUCGUGCCCGGCUUCUACAUGUGGUGACCGAAGCGGGGAUCGAAAUGCAUAGGCAUGCGGAGCAUGACCGUUGGGAAGCGAGUGGGUCAGCCACGCGAAGGGAUAGGCACCCUCUCCGAGACUACAUGAGGACGAGAGGGUCUCGCCUUUGGUCCGCGAUACGUGGACUAGGUGGUUGCGCCCCGCGUUAUAGGGCAUACGACGUACCCGCCAUGGACCCAUCCCGUGCCUCCCACAGCAGGCGCUCAUCCAGUGCUCAUGAGGCACAUUCACGGGAGGCCCCUUCGUCUGCGGCACAUCAUGGGACACGUUCUUCUGCUGGAGCCGAGGAGGUGAUACCUGAAGCUCCCGCUCCUGAGGAGUGCAUACUGGGUUCCCAUCCCCCUCCUUUCACACAACCUACUCAAGCUACGCAGACAACUCCACCAGGAUUAUCAACUCACAACGAGAAUGUCAUUGACUGCACACACCAGACGCCCACCUGGAGUGGCACUCAAGAUUUUGACUGGGCUGGUGCAUUGCAAUCGAGCAGCUUCACGGAGCUACUGAGCGGCCAAUACCCCCAAUAUCCCGAUGCACCAGGGGGUUCACACUGGUACCAGGAAGCUGGGACUUCAUCAUUUCGGACUCCCACCGAGCACGUACUACCGGCGGUCACACUCCCGCAUGACGAUCCUACAGCGUGGUAUAUGCAGGGCCGAGUUAGCGGUUCUGGAUACACAUUCGGCGGAGUUGGAACACAUCAUGAAGACGAAGAUGAGGACCAAGGGCACACAUGGCAGGGGCCAGCUCAGGCGGCUGGGAUGAGGGCCACACACCCGCCAGACGCUUACACUCCUGAGGAUUUCUUGCGGCGUAGGCAUUGUUAAAGAGCCAUUUGUACUAUGCCAUACACUAUAUUAUGUACUCAUUUGUACUAUGCCAUACA